UUUAUGCAGCAGUUCUAUAGUUCCUUCCUUUUCUUCUUCAUCUUCAGCGCCUUCUAGCUCAUGUGCUUCUGACACUCUCUCAUUAGCCCCGUCAUGUUGUGAUGAGGGUGAUCACUCCUCCGCACCAGACGAUAAAUUGGACAAACUGUCACUUCUUAGUGACUCAGCCGACUCUGGGUUUGGUGGUGGAGUGUUCCGUGCUGUGGCAGUUGGUGCGCUUUUUGUUAAAAGAAUUUUCCCACAAUUAUUAA